CGCGCAAGCACGGCAGCUCCACAACCCUGCGUGUCCACUUCCAGCGCAGAGGGCUACCGGCCUGCACACGGGCAGUGACCUCCGAAGGUCCUGAUUCUUUUAUUGCGUACGAUGGAACGAAAUUUACAGGAGGCUUUUGAGUGGGCGGAUGAUAUUAUUGAAUCUGUCCGGCAGCAGCCCCCUCCUUCAAGACUCACGUCCAGUGGGGAAAAGUCUCUUCAUGAAAAACUGUAUGACAUUUAUGUUGAAGAAUGUGAAAGAGAGGCAGAGGCAGGGGGCCUUCAAAGCAAUGUCAACUUGCUAGAGAAGCUUCUGAGGAGAGAGGCGUUGCCAUGUUUAGUGGUCAAUCUGUACCCAGAAAAUCAAGGCUAUUCUCUCAUGCUGAAGGACAAAAGUGGGUCAUUUUCAGAGACUUUUAAGUUGCCUUAUGAAAUAGAGAAAUUGCUUGAAUACUUGGAUGCUGAAGAGUUACCUUCUUUUCUGAUUGAUGUCCUGGAAAAGUCUCCUGUGAAUGUUUUUCACCAUGGGUGUGUCAUAGCAGAAAUCAGAGACUACAGACAAUGCAGUGACACCCAACCCCCUGGGGAGAUUGGUGAAGAGCCUGCUGUGUCAUCUGAUGUGUCCUCUGCUUCCUCGACUCCUGCUUACCAAACUCGACACAUUCUCUUACGUCCCACGAUGCAGAGUCUAGUAAGUGAUGUAGAGUCCAUUACAAGUGAUAACCGUCAGUGGACUGAGGAAGAAAAACUUGAGCUUGAGAGUCAACUGAUUUUAGCUACAGCAGAGCCACUGUGUCUGGAUCCCUCUGUUGCUGUUGCCUGCACAGCCAACAGACUGCUGUUUAAUGAGCAGAAGAUGACUGACUCUAUGAGACAAUGCUUCAAGAGGCGUGCAGCCUCUUCUCUGGAUCAAGAGGAGGUGUCAUCUGAGUGUACAUGUCCCCCUGACCUUACUUCAACAAUGACUCCUAUCAAAAAACAAGCAAAAAUAGGGCCCGAUGACCCAUAUGACUUGAUGACUACUGAAAUGGAUGCCUGGCUGCAGGGACCCAGUGAACUGACCAUGCCUUCCGAGAUGGAAGCAGAGACAUAUAUGAACGAGGUGCCAUCUCUGCUCUUUGAUGAUGAAGAACCAAGUGUCCUGGAAGUUCCUGAGGACCCAGGCCUCAAAGGCUAAGGCAGAGCAGGCAGUCUUGUGCCUAAGAGUCAGAGGAGACAACCUGGGCCCAACGGACCGCGCUUUAGCAAAAUCACUGCAAUUCAGGCGAAUGUUUGUGAAGAAGCAGGGCUUGAAGGCGCCGCCUGGCUAACUUUCCAUCUGCUCUUAUCCCGUACUGCCACCUAUUGGACAAGCUCUUCCACAUGCUGUGAGAUAAAUGAAGCCUAUUAAAGACAAAGAGAAACUAA